CAGCCUCUCAUCUUCAUAGAUUUUAUUUCCUAUUCUAGAUUAGCCUACCUAUGAUGCAGGUCGAAGCUAUCAAUGGCACUUCAGUGUCUGAGUUUGAGCUUGAUGGGUUCUUCAACUUGGGCGACUACGGCAUACUCCUCUUUGCCAUCUUCUUGGUGACCUACCUGCUCAUCCUCAGUGCCAAUGCUCUUAUCUUAAGCCUCAUCUCUGCCACUCCUCGUCUUCACGUCCCCAUGUAUUUCUUCAUUGCUGUGUUGGCCACCUUGGAGGUGUUCUAUACUACCAUUACCAUGCCCAGGGUGCUGGUGGACCUUCUGAGGAGCAAGAAGUCCAUUUCCUUCAGGAGCUGCCUUCUGCAAAUCUAUUUCUUCCACAGUGUGGGUAUCUCAGAGGCCUGCUUGCUUGCAGUGAUGGCUUACGACCGGUACUUAGCCAUCUGUGCCCCGUUAAACUAUAUGACCAAGAUGACACCCCAACUUUGCAUUCAGCUUGUGCUGGGAUGCUGUGUGUGUGGUUUUGCAUGUCCUUUGCCGGAGAUUGUUCUGACUUCCAGGUUGCCCUUCUGUGGGCCUAGUCAUAUAGAUCAUAUAUUCUGUGACUUCCCCCAGGUGAUCAGUCUUGCUUGCACAGACAUAUUGACCAGCAUCAUGUUGGAUUUUGCCCUCCACACCAUCGCCAUCCUGGCCCUCAUCUUUCUCAUCCUCCUCUCAUACAUGAAGAUACUGAAAGUCAUUGUUAAGAUCAGUAGCUCGGAGGGGCGCCAGAAGGCUUUUUCCACCUGUGCCUCCCACCUCAUUGUGGUCUUUACUUUUUUUGGAACGACUGGCUUCAUGUACAUGCACUUGACAUGGAUGGGAUCGGGACGUUAUGACAAGAUCGUUGCAGUCAUCUACGCCUUUUUUAUCCCUCUCUUCAACCCCAUCAUCUAUUCUCUGAGAAACAAAGAAAUCAGAGAUGUGAUCAGAAAGACUGUUGGGUUCCCAUGUGCCAGCAACAUAUGAGGUGGUUUCUGAACUUCUUGGGACACCAGGAAGUCAUUCCACGAUCAAAAGUCCUGCUCCCCCAACGAUUGAUUAUGAUUUUUGAAAAGAAAAGAAAAAAGAUGAACGUCUAACAAAAUAUAUUUCCACAGUUUCACUUGUAAAGAAAAGGGAAAUCGAUUCAAAUAAGAAGAAACAGAAUUCAAACUUUCUUAUCUCCCUUUGGAGUUUUACAUUUAAUGUGUAUGUAAUAUUUAGAUUUACAUAUGCAUACAUUUGCGAUCAUCAGCAUUUAAUGUUGCACCUCAGCAUGCAUGAUCUACGAUUGUGAAGCUCUUAAUACUAGAUUGUACCAAUUUAAAUGUAGCACCAUUCCUACAAAGAAACAUGGCUUUCUAUGACAGUGUAUGCAUUAGUAACUUAAACUGCAGUCUGGUUGCAGGGGGUUGCGCCUCAAAAUGCAGCAUUUCAUAAGGGAAGCAUUAAUACGCUAUUAGUCAGAAGACAGUGUGCUGUUAGUACACUACACAUAGUGUGUAUACAAGCAGAAACAAAUCUGACACUAAAGAAUUUGUGCUGAUG